AUGAACGGGAGCGCGACCGCUUGCCGCAUCGACGAGGUCGAUGCCAUCGCCCGCGCCCUCUACCAGCGCACCAAGCAGGUCGCCCCGCCCACCUUGGACCAUGCCACCCUCGCCCUUCGCCAGAUGCACAUUUCCCUGCGCCACCUGCGCGCCGAGGCCGCCGACCCCCUGUCUGUCCUCAACACGUCGGAUGCCUCCUCGGUCGACUUUUACGCCGCCGAGCUCGAGCCCAUCACCGACCACUGCGAGUUUGCUCUCCGCCAGCUCGAAAAGGUCCUCGACCGCUUCGACGCGGCCGAUCACAAGGAGGCUCUGACGGAUCGCAUUGCUGCCGUCACCACCAUCGUUGCCGAAAAGGAAGCCGAUUUGGCUUUUUUCCUUAACACUGUGCAGGCGCGUCCGGCGACGGUAGCCGCCGUGCCGGAGCAGGUGUCGCUGCUCGACGAGAUGAAGCAGGAUAUUGACCUGGUGGCCACCAAGAUAUUCAGUCGCCGUUCUGGUGUACAUGAUGCUGAUCCGGAAGCCCUCUGGUACGAGUUCAAAGCGGAACUGGAGCGGCAGGAUUUCUCCAGCAAGGAGCUGGAAACUCACAAGGUUCCGGUCAAGGCAUACAUUCAAAAGCUGAGCGCGGCAUGGGACCAAAACUGCGGCGCCACGCCCACAUACCAAAGCGUCGCCGAAUUUGAGGCCAAUACGGCACCCCAAGUGCAGUAUCCCGUCCAACUACCAGUUGUCCCGCCCAAGGUGCCCAUCCUCCCGCCCAAGGAAAGUAGCCCGCCAUCCAGGAAGAACAGCCAGAUGCUAGGAGAAAUGACCCAGUCGCCUAUUGAAAUGGGCUACUCGCCCAAGGAGAUGAACCACGUCCCCAAGAAUGAGAAAUCACUGCUCAGCAUCAAGACGGAACGGCCCCAUCCCGCCGGAAGCCUCUCGCCGACGGUGCUGCCCGCGCAGUACUCGUUCAACGCCUCCAACGCAGCCAUCGAGGGCAACCGGGAGCAGAGCGGCGACCCCCUGUCCACAACGCUUGUCUCGACCAAGGAUCUUGUGACCCUGGACAGCCUGCACCACGGCAUGAGUGCUCUCCGCAUCCACACAAGCGUACCAGCGCAACCAGGCCAGCCAGGCAACGCCAGGGAAGAGUCGUGUCUCUCGCCCACGGCCGUCUCUGGCUCGCCGCGGUACCACUCCAGCGUGCCCAUGGAUACAAAGACACAAACCUACCCUGGCACUGCCAACCCGACACGCUCGUCCUGGCUGGCGCCCGACAGAUACGGCCGGGAUAUCCCGGCCGAUGCCCAGUGGACCCAGAUCCGCCGCACUCUCGUCAGCCCAGAGGUUCUCGACCGCGCCGGCGUGCGCUACGAGGCGCGUCCUGCGUAUGUGGCUGUUCUCGGCCGUCUGGACCGCCACCAGAUUGCCGAGCUCGCCCGGCAGAGCGCCGAGUGCCGCGCCGCCCGCUCCGUGCGUCCGCCGCUGCCGCCCCGUCGCUCCGAUGACGACCGGGGACGGGACCCCAAGAAGCACCCCAGCUCCGACGACGACCGGGGACGGGAUGCCAAGAAGCACUCCAGCUCCGACGACGACGACAACAGACGACGGCCCGGCUCCGACAACAAGAAGCACCACAGCGACGACGACAUCCUCUACGACUCGAGCAGCAGCGGCGACUCCACCGUCUACGAGGAAGACCCCCGCCCCCGUAGAGCCAGCAGCCCCCGCAGCUACCCGUACAUUGUCAGCGCAGCCCCGCCACCGCCGUCAUCCAAGACGUCCCCGUCGACGACGGUCAAGCCCAAGCCGAUCCUCAAGAAUAAGAACGAAAACCGCGUCCGCUUCGACCCGGAGCCGCACGAGGUGGAGCAUCCCAGCAGCGCCCCGAGCUCGUACAAUCACGACCGUCGCAGGGAUUACUACAACGGAGGCGGCGGCGGCGGCAGCUCAUCGUCGCGCCGCCACAGAGAGUACAACGACCGCGAUGGGUAUGAGCGCGGCGAGAGGGCGCAUCGCGCGCAUAGAGACCGCCGCGAUACGCGCAAGAAGAAGUCGUGGGGCGAGACGCUCGGUGCCGUCGGCAUUGGUAGUGCUGCGCUGUUGUUGGGUGGUGUGGGCUUUUGA